AAAUCUGGUUGCCCCAGCAACACGACUCUGACGUCAUCCGUCCCGGCGCGACCCUGCCGCUGUGUCUUUGAUUGGAGGGAAACCCCGUGGACGAGCGGGAGAGAUCAUCAGCUGUGCGGCCGGGAAUCACGAACUUCGUAGUCGAAGGACACACACAGCCCUCACAGGAGCCAUGGAAGAGCAGGUACAGAAAGCCAAACUGGCCGAGCAGGCUGAGCGAUACGAUGACAUGGCUGCAUCCAUGAAGGCAGUUGCAGAGAACGGCACGAAGCUCUGCAAUGAAGAGCGCAACCUCCUCUCUGUGGCCUACAAGAAUGUGGUGGGGGCUAGGAGGUCCUCCUGGAGGGUGGUGUCCAGCAUUGAGCAGAAGUCCGACGAUGGCGGUAAGGGCCCUCUGGUCAAGGAAUACAGAGAGAAGAUCGAGCAGGAGCUGAACGACAUCUGCAGUGAAGUCCUGGACCUGCUUGACAAACAUCUGAUCCCCACUGCCGAUGAUGCUGAUGGCCAAGUCUUCUACCUGAAGAUGAAGGGAGACUACCACCGCUACCUGGCUGAGGUGGCCUCCGUAGAUGCAAAGAAAGCCAUUAUCAACAACUCACAAGAAGCCUACCAGGCAGCCUUGGAUAUCAGCUACAAAGACAUGGAGGCAACAAAUCCCAUCCGCCUCGGCCUUGCUCUGAACUUCUCCGUCUUCUACUACGAGAUCGUCAAAUCGCCUGAAAAUGCCUGCCGACUGGCCAAGAAGGCCUUUGACGAUGCCAUUGCCAUGCUGGACACCGUUAAGAAUGAGUCCUACAAAGACAGCACCUUGAUCAUGCAGCUGCUCCGCGACAAUCUGACACUGUGGAUGUCAGACGCCCAGGGUGAUGGCGAAGGUGAUGGCGAGGGUGAGGCAGAGGAGACGGAGCCGGAGCCGGAGCCCACAGAGCCGACGGCUGAGAACUGAGCUUCAGAGAAAAGAAAAAACAAAAACACAUUUUUUACCUCUCACCAGCCUAAGUUGCGUGUGUGGUUGUGUGUGCACAUACAUGCACAAUAUGUAUGUUUACACUCCACUCACAAUGUGUAAAGUACAGUAUGUGUGUGCAUACAUUCAAGUGUGCGUGUGUGUGUGCAUGUGUUAAUUGUAUGAGCACCUCCACAGAGAAAAAGAAUGGAAUAGAUCUGUUUUUGCAUUACACAUUGUGUGAACCAGUGGAUGUUUAUUUUUUGCUUUUGUCCAAAUCCUUCCCUUAGAUCAAAAAUUUUCCCCUUUCUCUUUAACCUUAUUUACUGUAGCAAACUGCUGCUGUUGCAGGAAAACACAAUCAAAAAAACAAACACCUGUCAUUUUGAUAAUUUGUCUGCUUUUACUUAAAUGGAACAUUUUCAAUAUUUCUGCCUCUUGGGUCCACAAAACUCCUUUGAAAUGUACUGACUGUACAAGUGGUCAUAGCAGUCUGAAUUCACCAUGAAUGAAUUCUCAUCUGAUGCUUGCGGUGAUGAUGCAGGUGGCACGAUUCACCUCGGUAAAGAUCUGUUACCAUAUUGCUUGUAUUCAUCCCGCCCUGUCAGUGCCCAUGUGUAGCAGGUAGUGAUAGUUAUGGAUGGUACAUGUCACUGCUCAGUGGGUUCUAAAUGCAUUUGGGCGUUAGUAAGGUUUUCUGUAUGAAUGGCCACUUGCGAAAAACUGUAUUUGACAUUUUUGUUGAAAGGGAUUACAUUCCAUUUUACUGACAUUUCCUGCAAUUUCUUUCCAUACCACACAAGGUAUAGACAGCCUAAGAUAAAGUGAACAACCUUAUGAAAUGGCUCAAUACUGUAAAUUUUUGAUAUUUUAUCUUUUCAGCAGUGCAUAAGAUACUUUUGGCCAUGUGCUUUUAUGUGGCUUUCUACUCUUUUCUAUUCGGGUGUUUUUGUAUUUUCUUUUUGUGUAUUUUAUUCCCUUUGACUCUUGAUUUGACUCCUGGAAUGUAUGUGGUUCUCAGUAGUAUGGUGUGAGGGAUAGGUGUGCUUUGAAACUGGCAGUUUUUGCUUAGGAUUUAGCUUGAACCAGGUGGUUUACAGUUACAUUUUCCUUCCUUGAAACCACAUUGUGAAAGUACAACCUAAAACAAUUCUAUACAUAAAUUGAUCAUAAAAGAUAACUUGGUAGCAAGCUGCGUUAUGGCCCUUUAGUAGUCACAAACUAGUGCCAGUUUCUUCUAAUUACAGUGUCUUGGUUUUAAAAACACAAAAAAAAAAUGAUGGGAUGCAGGAUUUGUUAUUUGCAAAUUACACUGAGUAUGUUAUUUGGCUUUCAUGUAAGUGGAAUUAAAACAUUAAAAUCAAAUGUGCUGUGCAAA